UAUAAAAGAAAAAGAAAAAGAAAAUGGGAAAAUCACAAUCCCUGGAAGCCCCCAAGUGUUAGAAUUUCUUGACAUUGAAGGUACCCUUCUCUUUUGUUGCUUGACCCUCAAUCAAAGACCCAUCUUUUCCGUUUUGCGUAGGGAACUUCAGCACUGAAGCCCUAAUCACCAUAUCCACCACCCCUUUUGUUUCUUCUUCUAUUCCAACAUGGGUCGCGAAAGUGUGUUCCUUCCAACCACUGCCUCCACCACAGUGAACCCAGUGGCAGCACCACCUACCUCCCUUGCUCCUGGCUUCAGGUUCCACCCAACUGAUGAGGAACUUGUUAUUUACUACCUCAAACGCAAGGUUUCAGGAAAACCUUUUAGAUUCGAUGCUAUAUCUGAGGUUGACAUAUACAGGAGCGAGCCCGGGGACCUGGCAGAUAAGUCAAGGCUGAAGACCAGGGACCAGGAGUGGUAUUUUUUCAGUGCAUUGGACAAGAAAUAUGGGAAUGGGGGGAGGAUGAACAGGGCUACGGGCAAAGGGUAUUGGAAAGCCACUGGGAAUGAUCGACAAGUGAAGCAUGAAGAAAGGGUUGUGGGGUUGAAGAAAACUUUGGUGUUUCAUAGUGGACGGGCUCCGGAUGGCAAGAGGACUAAUUGGGUCAUGCAUGAGUACAGGCUUACUGAAAAGGAGAUGGAGAGGAUUGGGACUGGAUCCUCUCAGCCCCAGGAUGCGUAUGUUUUGUGUAGAGUAUUUCACAAAAAUAACAUAGGACCUCCGAAUGGGCAACGAUAUGCUCCCUUCAUUGAAGAAGAAUGGGAUGAUGCAGCGGGAAUGGUUCCAGGGGUAGAGCCUGUGGAUAAUGGCUAUGUUGCCCACCAACCGCGUGUUGAAGGAAAUGGUGUUUUAUGCACUGAAGUUGUACAGGUUAGUUGCCUCCAUUUUUUCCGGUUUAUAUUCAAUGUUUGUUAUUAAUAAUUAAUUUUUUGU